AUGCUUCACAAGCUGCCCAAGGUGAACAAAGAGCUGGCUCUCAAACUGAUGGAGGAGGGAGACAACGAGGAGGAACUGUCUGCCAGGAAGAAGGCUCUACCCAGCAUCCUUAGCGACGAGCGUUUCCAGGUGAUGUUUGAGAACCCAGACUACCAAGUGGAGGAGCAGAGUGAGGAGUUUCACAUGCUCAACCCCAUCGUGUCCAAAGUGGGGCAGAAUAGGAGGAAGAAGCUGCGGCUGCUAGCCAAGCAAACCACAGACUCUGAAAAGACUGAGGCAGACCAAGAAGAGGAGGAGCCAGGAGGGCGUGGCAGCUCAGACGAGAGUUCUGAUGACGAUAAGAGCUGGGUGGACGAUGUCAGGGAGCAGCGGCGCCUCAUAUAUGAGGAGGGACGGGAUCCAGUGAGCUUCUGGCGAUGCUCUAGUCUCUAGGAACAACCUCUGAACCAUAACAUUUUGAAUAGACGCCACGGAACGUCACAGCACACCAUCCAAAGCAAGCAUGGAGUAGUACUACAGUGAUUGCAUCAAAUGCCAAGCAUUUUCACAUUGUUACUGUCAAUCAGCACAAAUAAUCAACCCUCACAUGGACAUGGUAUAUAGAGUCAGUUAUUUUUUUUGCCAUUACAAUGAUUAGCAGGGAAACACGUGACUGUGUCUUAAGGUGUCUGACCUGUGUUCUCUGCAGCAGACAGAAACGUAUGGCCUGCCUUGGUCACAGCCUGAGAGAGGCUGUCACAUCCAUCACUGUAUUGACAGGUGGACACAUGCAGCAGGACAAAUGAGGACACGGGUCAAAUAUAGGAAGGGAAGGGUGUCCCAAGGGUUACCUCCCAUUAUGUAAAACACCCUCUACUUGGUUCUCGUGCUUCAAACUCAUUAAAAAGCAAAUAUUUUAGAGUGAAAUAAGACUAAAUGGUAAAUAGUAGAACAGUAGAUGUAGUGUACCCCACUCUCAACACUUACAAUUUGCAAAGAUUUCAGGGCAAUUACAAAAACAAGUUAUUGUUGGCAUAAAUGCCUUUUAUUUAUUUUUACUUUAUCCACUCUACCCCUCUUUGACCUUUGAUCCUCUAAUGAACAAAAAUACGAAUGCAACAUCCAACAAUUUCAAAGAUUUUUACAGAGUUAGUUCAUAUAAGGAAAUCAGUCAAUUGAAAGAAAUUCAGUUUAAGUUUUGAGUAUCCAAAUACAAGUAGGCAAACUGCUAACUUAUGGCCUAAACUCACCAAAGGCAAGCAUGCGAGGCAUGUGCGUGAUUUAUUUUAGAAUGCAUCGUUUUGAAUUAUAAUGACCAAACUGAAGCCGGGCUGGCGGGUUAUCCUCUUUGACGCAUUUUGGCUCUUUUGAAUUGGAAGAGGUAGCUAAGGGUUGAAGCUUUACCAUACAUACUAAAUUAGACCAAUUCCUCCACUUAUGGAAACCCAUCGCUAUCAGCAAAGAUGAUUGGAGAUAUGGACUGUCAUACAAGCAUACAGUCACUGCUCUGCCUGUUCCGUCCUUUCCACCCACCGUGCUCUGCUUUCUCCGGCCGCCUGCUCUACUGUUGUGAGUGUGAAGAAAUUAAAGCAGUGGAGGGUCUGAAUUUAAACUGACUACAACAACCAGGUCAAAGUUUAAUGUCUCUUGCUCCUUCCCGGCAAUGGCUAUAUAAAAAGUGAAUACCGACAAGAAAGAAGUAAAAUAGGGCUGUUUGAAAGAAACAUUGCCCAAUUUAUUUACAGGCAGAAUACCGGGAAUCCUAUGUGAAAGCAGUAUAGGAAACAGGCUUUCUAGGUACUGCAUUUCAACACAAUGUGUGAUUUGCAUGCAACAAAUGCUGCAUUCACAGUCCUGUCUUUUCAAAUGGAGCUCUUUUCUCUUUUAUCCAGAGUCCUUUUCAUUUUCUUCUCACUUGUAGUCCAUUCAGUCAGAAUGAUUCAUGAGGAACGUGAGUGUGUGGGUGACUGUGGGUUGGUGAGGUCAACUUUCCAUUUGACUACUGACUACUAAUCUGGAUUUCUGCUGAUCCUGGGUUCAGUAACAGUAACAAAUAGAGCUUGUCAUUGACAUUUUACCUCCAUCAGUCUGUUCUCCCAAACGUAGAUGUUUACACAAAAUACGAAAGUACCGGUUAAAGUUGACACUGCAGUGUAGUCACUGUGUAUAAUCUGUAAUGGUGCAUGCAGAAGAGGACCAAUGUCACAGGAAAUGCUGUGUUUUGAUCAUGAUCAUUUUUGACUGUUUAGGCUUUGUGUUAUAACCCCAGAUAAAGGUUGAGCUCCCAAAUCAG